GAGCAGGAGCAACCCACAUCAGUUGAAAAGAGGCACUCUAUGGUUGAGAGUGUUCAAUUUGUUGAUAUGCGACCGUAACGCAUGCAUUCACAAAGUCGUUCGUGAACUAGCAGAGUUCAAUUCUGACCGAAGGACCCUCCGUUGCCAAGAAAACUGCGCACUGUCUUGGUCUAGCCAGAGGCUUAUACCCCAAAAUGCAGAUUUUGCCGUCUGCACCAUGUAUGCACUACUUGUGGCAUGUUUUCAUCUUCGGGCGGCGUGCAACUAAGGUAACAUUGGAGAGUAGCAGAGAUCCUGUCGAGGUCCUUGGUCAGUUCAAGAGUGUCCAGUCCGUCUCAGUAGGUGAAGCAAACCUGCUGACCUUCUUGGAAUCUGACGACGCAGACUUCAUAACCAGGAUUGACUCGGCAAUGGCAAACAAUCUUAUCGAUCAGGUGAUUCACCGACUCCAACCAGCUACCGACUCCACUGUAUGCAGUGAUUCGACCCGACGAUACAGGACGCCGGACGGUACCUGCAAUAACCAGGAGCACCCGGAAUGGGGGAUGGCAAACCUGCCGCUAAGGAGAUUCCUCCCGUCAUCGUAUGACGAUGACAAAAAAGCCCCACGUAAAUCUUCUAGUGGUUACAACUUACCAAGUGCGAGGAUGGUUUCCAUUGGUGCGACUAAUGAAGUCAGAGAACUGUUAGCCAGUGGGUAUAGCGCUCUCAACGUCCAUUUUGGUCAGCUGCUCAGCCAUGACCUUAGCCAAGUCCCACAGAUACCAGGUAAAUGCAGUGACUGUCAGAUGUCCGACAUCUGUUUUCCCAUUCCGAUUCCUACCAACGACCCAGUGUUCACUGAUCAAAAGUGCUUUGACUUUUCACGGUCGGUUGGUACACCAUCUCGAUACGGAGACCAGCCAUGGGCCUGUCAGCAGACCAACAGGAUUACAUCCUACCUGGAUGCAUCUUUCGUGUACGGGUCCAGUCUGAAGACCAUGGAUUCACUGAGGAUACGCAGUGAUCCUCAGGGUCUGCUACGCGUGACACCGAAUCCUGACCCUUCCAAAAUGGACUUGCUUCCCCCGGAUAACGAGAUUUCAAACUGUGCCGGACAAGACGCUCACAUCACCUGCGGGAAAUCAGGCGACUCAAGAACAGCCGAACAGGUUGGUCUCACUGCAUUACACACAGUUUGGUUGAGGGAACACAACCGCAUCGCCCGGGAGCUCUCUCGCAUCAACUACCACUGGAACGGAGAUCGUGUUUUCCACGAGGCGCGGAAGAUCGUCGGUGCGGAAUGGCAGCAUAUUGUCUAUAACGAGUACCUUCCACUUCUCAUCGGCAAGCGAGUUGCAAGGCUGUAUGGGCUCGACGUGAACCUACAGACGGGUGCAGAGUAUGCGUACGAUGGCAGCGUGGACGCCACCAUCCGCAAUGGUUUUGCUACGGCCGCGUUUCGUCUUGGGCAUAGUCAAAUAUCGGCCACCGUUUGGCGAGUGGACCAACAUUUUGAGCGAGUCUUCAGCGACAUCAAGACAAGAGAAGCCUUCUUCAAUGCCACUCAUAUCUAUGACACUCAGGGCGGCGGAUCGGGUGCCAUUUUGAGGGGAAUGCUUGUUCAACCCUUAGAUGGAGUGGAUAGAUUCUUCUCGUCUGCAGUGCGAAGCCAUCUGUUUGAGGAUCCGGUUAAAGGGUUUGGUCUUGAUCUCAUCGCACUGAACAUUCAGAGAGGUCGUGACCACGGGCUCCCUGGGUACGUUCGCUUCAGAGCGGAGGUGUGUGGAUUUGGCCUAAUUACCACUUGGGAGGAUUUGGAGCACGCAUUACCACGAAGAAUUGCCAAACGUCUGAGAAGAAUUUAUAGAUCCGUAGAAGAUAUCGACCCCUUUGUCGGGCUCUUCGCCGAGCGUCAUCUGCCAGGCACGCUAGUAGGACCAACUCUCGCCUGCCUGCUCGCCAAACAGUUCAGCUACCUUAAGCAAGGGGACCGCUUCUGGUAUGAAAAUACAGAAGGGGAGCAGGCAUUAACUAGUGAACAGCGAGAGGAGAUCCAAAAGUCGAGCAUGGCCCGUGUGUUGUGUGAUAAUACGGAUGAUCUGCUGGAGAUUCAACCCUGCGCAUUCCUGAUGCCCGAUGACGAUGAAUUGUGGAGUAUGUACCGAAGGCAGAAAUAUGAAUACGAAUCCUUCGUCGAAUAUAGUAAAUAUCAUCGCUAUCCUGAUCGCAACGGUCAACUGAGGAACUUCUCCAAUCGAAGGGCAAACUGUGAAGACGAGUCCAGAAUUCCAAGGAUGGAUCUAAACGCGUGGGCAGAACGCUAGGCAAAGAAAACUUGACACAGAUUGCUGCUAACAUAGAAUCACUCAAAAUUUUCUUCCCUGGUAUAUAGUUGUUUCCUUUUCAAUUAUUGUAUUGUUUCGUUUUGCUUUUUGUUAUUAUUUUAUUUGUCAUCAUCAAAAAGGACGAUACAAAAAUACACGAAGAGCACAAGACGACAGGAGCUGAAACAGUGAACCUAAUCACUAUUGCCGGCAGGCACACAGCCCCAAACGACUACUAACAACACAAAGGCAUUACAAAAGAUACAAUAAAAAUCAAAAAGAUCGAUAUACUUCUAUACAAAAUGUUAAAGCCAAACCCAGCAGGGAGAAGCAGUUACAAAUUAAAAAGGUCAUUUAACAGAAAAAAGGGGUGAAAAACGCAAUAUGAAAUUUUAUGAAUAUGAAUUAUUCUGCCACAGCACUCUGCUGUUUAAGAUAUAAGCUAUGUUCGAAAGAACUUAAAACUUCGUUUGGAAAAAAUGUCAACUCAGAAAUAUUGCGCCAAUCUAACGACUGACUUUGAAAUGUAUUAAUUACACCAAAUUCUUGUCGUUAAGCCAGAAUUUGAGUUGCUCAAGAGUGGAAAUAAUUCUUAAAAGGUAGAAAUAGGCCAUUAUGAUGUAAGAUCCUGCAUGAAUGUAAUGCGUAUUACAGGCGUACAUCUUUAUCACGAACAUCGCCCCCUUAUAUGUAGUGUAUAUGGUUCCCCCCUUUCAAUUUCCAUGGCCAAGUCAUCUGCCCCACCAGUCGGCACCCCCCCCAUCUUUCCCCAUCCCCCUUCUUCCCCAACAACACACGUACAACUUCUCCAUUAUCACUUAGUUAUGGUUUCAAUACAGUGCUUAUUAUUUGUUGGUUUGAAAGCUACAUGAGAUAUUUGCAUUUAGUAGAUUAUUCUGAUGUUCAUUCUGUACAGACGGCCAGCCUUUAUUAAGAUUAGCCAUACUCAAGCGGUCACUGAAGGUUCAAUGUGCAAAGCAGUCUCUCGGUUUUCUCUUUAAAGAAGUGUGGCUUUCGUCUGAUACCUAUUGUCACGUGAAACCUGAUUCCAAAUGAUUUACACCUCGAGGAUCAAUUCGCUUAUUGUGCUGGAGUUAUUACCGGGUUAUUUGCCUAAGUUGGUUUACACUGACGAUUUCUCAAGUCGCCAUUUAUCUGUGAUUUUUUGUCAGUAUACUGCUGUGGUUAUCGACCGUUAUUGUAUUUUGUUCUGGGCUGCAGGAAUAGGUCGAGCCGUUAAUAACAAAAAAAUAAUAAUAGCAUAAUGUUAGUACAUGA